AUGAAAAAUUCCCCCAAACCAAGCAAAAGAAAAUCUUGCAAGAACAAUAUUGCAAGGAGAUUUUCAGAUGAACAAAUACAAUCAUUAGAGUCCAUUUUCAAGAUUGAGUCCAAGCUUGAGCCCAAAAAGAAGUUGCAAUUAGCAACAGAUCUUGGGCUUCAGCCUCGCCAGGUGGCCAUCUGGUUUCAGAACAAAAGGGCCAGAUGGAAAUCCAAGCAAAUUGAGCAAGAGUACAAGGACCUGAGAGCAAAUUACGAUAGUUUGUACGUAAAGUUUGACGACUUGAAGAGGGAAAAACAAUCCUUGCUAAUGCAGUUAGAGGAACUAAAUGAUCUAGUUAAGACUCUUGACAAGGUCGAUUUGACUAACGAAGAAAUGGAUAAGGAUGAUGUCAUCAAGCCGGACGAUGAUGAUCGUGCAAAAAACGAGUCAAGGACUUUCGAGAAGACCGAUGAUCGAGAAAUCUUUAGGUGGAGUGAAGAAGAUGAGAUUAUGAGCCACUUAGAAUCGCCCGAAAAAUGGUGCGAUUUUUCGAAGGGCGUGUUGUUCGAUCAGUCUUCAGGCACGUCUAGUUGGUGGGAGAAGUAA